AUGCCCUUUACCCCCGUCGAGGCGGUCCUUGGAGGGGUAGCCAUCGGCUUAACUGUCUUCUGGAAUGCGCGCCUGAACGGUUCUGUAACCGGUAUCUCGGGUGAGCUUGGCCGAGCGCUUCGCGGUUCUGCCUCCUCCACUGCUUUCAUCACGGGCUUGAUAUCCUCUGGCAUAAUCUUGAAGCGAGUGUUCCCCAGUCUCUUCGCAUUGGACGCGCUAAGUGUAAUUCACACCCCCUCUAUAAUUGUGGCGGCAUUUCUCGUCGGAUUCGGUACCAAGCUCGGUAAUGGCUGUACAUCAGGUCAUGGCGUCUGCGGCCUGUCUCGAUUUUCAUUCAGAUCUCUCGUCUCUACUCUUACCUUUAUGGGCACAGGCAUGAUCACAGCUACUUGCAUGUCCUCUCUUUCGCAGUAUCAAAACACUCUCGAUCUUCUCAAGUCAUCAGGUGACAGGACGGAGUCUCUCUUGCCGAAAGACUUUUCAUGGAUGCUUUCCAUCGCUGCGGUUGCCUCCUCACUCCCCUUCAUCCUGGGCCUUCUUUGUCAGCACGCUCGCAAAGACUCAGAUCACAAGAUGAUACUACGACAAAGCAUUCAAUAUGUCUUGGGUCUAUGCUUUGGCGGCGGGCUGGUUGUCUCGGGGAUGGUCAUGCCAUACAAGACGGUCGCAUUCCUCGACCUGCACUUUGACUCAUGGGACCCGUCGCUCGUUUUCGUCUUUGUCGGAGCACUGCCGGUGGCCGUUGCGGGGUUUCAGCCCAUCAUACAUGGGACUAAACCGGUGUUGACAAACGCACACUCCUUGCCGAAAAGCACUAGAGUGGAUAGGAGACUGGUAGUGGGCGCUGUCUUGUUUGGCAUGGGGUGGGGACUUUUGGGGUUGUGUCCGGGACCGGCAAUGGUGUAUCUUGGAGCGUUUCCGCGAACCUUGAACAUUCUAGUGUUCUGUGGAAGCCUUGUAGUCGGGAAUGUUGCUGGGCAAUUGGUGAUUGAUGCUUUGUAA